AUGGCGUCCGACGAGAUUGUCUGGCAAAUUAUCAACCAGCAAUUCUGUGCAUUCAAGCUCAAAACCCCGAAAGAGCAAAAUUUCUGCCGCAACGAAUACAAUGUAACCGGCCUCUGCAACCGCCAGUCGUGCCCGCUGGCCAACUCUCGAUAUGCCACGGUCCGCCAGCACCCGACCAAGCAGACGCUCUACCUGUACAUGAAGACGGUCGAGCGUGCGCACCUGCCGUCCAAAAUGUGGGAGCGCAUCAAGCUGUCCAACAACUACACCAAGGCCCUGGAGCAGAUUGACGACCGCCUCAUCUACUGGCCCAAGUUCCUCAUCCACAAGUGCAAGCAGCGCCUCACGCGCCUGACGCAGGUGCAGAUCCGCAUGCGUCGCAUUGCCGCCGAGGAGGAGCGCCUUGGCGAGAAGCUGGUCCCCAAGCUGGCGCCCAAGGUCCGGCACCGCGAGCGUGCGCGCGAGCGCAAGGCCGAGGCCGCCGCCAAGCUGGAGCGUACCAUCGAGCGCGAGCUGCUGGAGCGCCUGCGCCAGGGCGCCUACGGCGAGCAGCCGCUCAACGUGAGUGAGGACAUCUGGAAGAAGGUCCUCAACGCCAUGGAGCGCGAGGGCGACGGCGUCCGCGACGAGGACAUGGACGAGGGCAUCGACUCGGACGAGGAGGAGGAACUGGACAGCGAGGUCGAGGAUGGUGCCAUCGAGUAUGUCUCUGACUUGGACGAGAGCGAGGAGGAACUCGGCGACCUGCAAGACUGGCUGGAGAGCGAGGAGGAAGAGGUGGAGGAAGAGGAGGAGAGCGACGAAGAGGAGAAGCUGAGCAACAAGAGAAAGCGUGCCCGUGUCAUCAAGAUGCAGAACAAGCGCCCUCGCCAGGACGAGAGGGAAAAGGAGAAGCUCACUCUCACCAACGACUUGGCCUGGUAA